CACGGAGGCAGAUGGAAGUUCCCAGGCUAGGGGUCGAAUAGGAGCUACGCCACAGCCCCAGCCCCAGCCACAGCCACAGCCAUGUGGCUCCUUAGCCCACUGAGCAGGGCCAGGGAGUAAACCCACCUCCUCACGGAUGCUAGUCGGGUUUGCUACCCCAGAGCCGUAGCGGGAACGCCAGUCGUGUCUUUGAGGCACAAACGUUUAACCUUCCUGAAGUCGACUUGUCGAUUUUUCUUCUCACUCUGCCUUUGGUGCCACGUCCGAGAAGUCAUUUUUAAGAUCAGCGUCCUGAAGCUUUUGUCCUGUUUUCUUCCAAAAGUUCUCUUGUUUUAGAUCUUACCUUUAGGUCCUUGAUCUGUUUUGAGGGAAUUUUUGCCUGCUGUGUGAGGCGAGGGCCCAGCUGCACCCUUUGCAGGUGGACACCCUGUUUUCCCGGCACUUUUUGUGGAAGACGCUGCCCUUUCUCUGAACGGUCUUGGCUCCCUGGUCCAGAGUGACGCGUCCGUGUGCAGGAGGGUUUAUCUCCGGGCUCUGCCUUCUCUUCCGUUGGCCUAUUUGUCCUUAACGCACACGCUUACUUUCAAAAUUAGACAUGUGAGCACAUCCUGCACACACACACGUUGCAGCUGGCUUCGAAAAAUGUUGAUUACGUGUCGGGAGCCUAAGGCCGUGUCCUGGUACGUGUGCGUCCCUGUUUAUGUAAAUUGUCUCUUGGACAUUUAGGAGGCUUCCCGUUGCUCACUGGUGGGUUAUGGGCACGUUGUCACAAUCGUCCUCAAAUGGGCUCUACUUAGGGUUCUCAGCGCCAUGCCUGGCACGGGGUCAGUGGCAGGAAAGGCACGUGUUCAGCAGCCUCUGCACAAACGCCAGUAACAGUGUCACUUCCUUAGGACACGUUCCUAGAGGUCACGUUUCCGGGCUCGAGCAGCGCACCUGCUGCCCCCCUCACCUGGCUCGGAGCCGCCCUGAGAAGGGAGGUGGGGCCUGGGCAGACCCCACAGACGGCGAGCCUUCCUGCUUCAGGGCCCAGCCGUGCCUGGGCAUCGUGUAGGGUUUGGAUCCUGGCUCCAGCCCUGCCGGGGGGGUGGCCGCGGCCACAUCACCCGACCUCCCCUGGCCGGCAGUGUGGCUGCAGGGUCUGUCGUGCAGGGCCAUGAUCGCAAGGCCGUCGGGAUCCCAGUCCUGUCUCCUUGGUCAGCUCAGAGGAGCUGGACUCCCAGGGCCUCCAGCGUGGAAGUCGGCUGGAUUUACUGAGGCAGCCCCUGCGCUCAUCCGUGCAUGGGUGAUGCUGGCCUCCUUGGAGUCAGGCUGUGUCUUGCUUCCCCAGAGAUCAGUGCAUGCCAACCCCCUCUAGCCCCUCACCGUUAAAAUAAAAAAGCCCUUGCAGCGGAGUUUCAUUCAUGUGACUGAGUCAGAGCCGCAUAACCGCAGAGGGGGUUCUCUAGGGAACUGAGGACCGGAGGGCUGUCCCAACGCCCCGGAGGCGGAGGGGCGCCCCGUGGCGGGGGUCCCCCAUCCCGCGGCGCCCACCUGGCUUCUCCCGGAGGGUGAACACAGCAAAGCCGCCUUCGGAUGCCCGUCUCCACGGCUGAGCCCUCCCAGCGGCAGCGCCUCCGCUUCCCUCCCCACCCGGCGUCGUCCACGCAGCCUCCAGGCGGAGCGCGAGGCUGGAGCCGCUGAGCGGCGCUGGGCCCGCGAGCCUCCCGACGGCGGCUGCUUAGAGACGCAGGCAGACGCUCCCUCCCCCGGCCGCGGCCGCCGCGUGGUAAAUUCCAUCGGAGAAGCGGCGGCGCGAGCGCUUUGCUGAGUCACAGAACCGGGAGCGACUGCCGCCGCCGGGCGGAGUGCGGCCGAGCCGAGGGCGUCCCGGGCGGAGGAGCCUCCCCGGGGCAGAGGCGCCCGGGCCCCAGGGGCUGCGGGAGUGAGAGAAGAUGUAGACUCGCUGCCGUGAGCACAGCCCAGCGCAGACAGCAGCCCGCCUGGGCGCCCGCGGGCCACCCUCACCAUGUCCAAGAAGGGCACGGGCAGCCGAGGCAAGGGGGACAGGGCAGAGGCCCUCGCCGCGCUGCAGGCCGCCAACGAGGAGCUGCGGGCCAAGCUCACCGACAUCCAGAUCGAGCUGCAGCAGGAGAAGAGCAAGGUCAGCCGGGUGGAGAGGGAGAAGAACCAGGAGCUCAAGCAGGUGCGGGAGCACGAGCAGCACAAGAACGCCGUCCUGCUCACGGAGCUCAAGACCAAGCUGCACGAGGAGAAGAUGAAGGAGCUGCAGGCCGUGCGGGAGACGCUGCUGCGGCAGCACGAGGCCGAGCUGCUUCGGGUCAUCAAGAUCAAGGACAACGAGAACCAGCGGCUGCAGGCGCUGCUGCACGCCCUGCGCGAAGGCGCCCCCGACAAGGUGCGCACGGUGCUGCUGUCCGAGGCCAAGGAGGAGGCCAAGAAGGGCUUCGAGGUGGAGAAGGUGAAAAUGCAGCAGGAGAUCUCGGAGCUGAAGGGCGCCAAGAAGCAGGUGGAGGAGGCGCUCACCAUGGUCAUCCAGGCGGACAAGAUCAAGGCCGCGGAGAUCAGGAGCGUGUACCACCUGCACCAGGAGGAGAUCUCCCGCAUCAAGAAGGAGUGCGAGCGGGAGAUCCGCCGGCUGAUGGAGGAGAUAAAAUUUAAAGACAGAGCAGUCUUCGUGCUGGAGAGAGAGUUAGGGGUUCAAGCCGGGCAUGCUCAGAGACUGCAGCUCCAGAAAGAGGCUUUAGAUGAGCAGCUGUCCCAGGUCAAAGAGACAGAGCGGCACCUGGGCAGCCCCAGACGGGAAGUUCCUCAGGCCAGCGGUGCAGGAGACGCCUCAGACCACUCGGGAAGCCCUGAACAGCAGUUGGACGAGAAGGAUGCUCGGCGCUUCCAACUUAAGAUCGCGGAGCUGAGCGCCAUCAUCCGGAAGCUGGAGGACCGCAACGCCCUGCUGUCGGAGGAGCGGAACGAGCUGCUAAAGCGCUUAAGAGAGGCCGAAAGUCAGUACAAGCCCUUGCUGGAGAAGAACAAACGCCUGACUCGGAAAAACGAGGACCUGUCUCACAGUUUACGUCGGAUGGAAAACAAGUUAAAGUUUGUCACUCAGGAGAACAUAGAGAUGAGACAGAGGGCUGGCAUCAUAAGGAGACCGAGCUCCCUGAACGACCUGGACCAGAGCCAGGACGAGAGGGAUGUGGACUUCCUGAAACUGCAGAUCGUGGAGCAGCAGCACCUCAUCGACGAGCUGUCCAAGACCCUGGAGACGGCGGGCUACGUUAAGAGCGUGUUAGAGCGUGAUAAGCUUUUAAGAUACCGGAAACAAAGAAAGAAAAUGGCAAAACUGCCCAAGCCGGUUGUCGUGGAGACCUUCUUUGGCUACGACGAAGAGGCCUCCCUGGAGUCUGACGGGUCUUCCAUCUCUUAUCAAACGGACAGAACGGACCAGACCCCGUGCACCCCGGACGACGACCUGGAGGAGGGCCUGGCCAAGGAGGAGCCGGAGCUGAGGUUCCGGCAGCUGACCAUGGAGUACCAGGCCCUGCAGCGGGCCUACGCUUUGCUGCAGGAGCAGGUCGGAGGGACGCUGGACGCAGAGCGAGAAGUUAAGACCCGCGAGCAGCUCCAGGCGGACGUACAGAGGGCGCAGGCGCGGAUCGAAGACCUGGAGAAGGCCCUGGCUGAGCAGGGGCAGGACAUGAAGUGGAUCGAAGAGAAGCAAGCGCUCUAUCGGAGAAACCAGGAGCUCGUGGAAAAGAUUAAACAAAUGGAGACAGAAGAGGCUCGGUUAAAACACGAGGUCCAGGAUGCGAAAGACCAGAACGAGCUGCUGGAGUUCCGGAUUCUGGAGCUUGAGGAGAGGGAGAGGAAGUCGCCGGCCAUCAACUUCCACCACACCCCCUUCGUGGAGGGGAAGAGCCCCCUGCAAGCGUACUGCGAGGCCGAAGGCGUGACGGACAUCCUGGUCACGGAGCUGAUGAAGAAGCUGGACAUCCUGGGCGAUAACGCCGUAAGUAAUCUGACCAAUGAGGAGCAGGUGGUCGUCAUACAAGCCAGGACGGUCCUGACUUUGGCCGAAAAGUGGCUCCAGCAGAUCGAAGAGACGGAGCUGGCCCUGCAGCGGAAGAUGGCAGACCUGGAGAGCGAGAAGGAGCUGUUCAGUAAACAGAAGGGCUACCUGGACGAGGAGCUGGACUACAGGAAGCAGUCCUUGGACCAAGCGCACAAGCACAUCCUGGAGCUGGAGGCCAUGCUGUACGACGCCCUGCAGCAGGAGGCCGGGGCCAAGGUGGCCGAGAUGCUGUCGGAGGAGGAGCGGGAGAAGCUCAGGGUGGCCGUGGAGCAAUGGAAGCGCCAGGUCAUGAGCGAGCUGCGUGAGCGGGACGCCCAGAUCCUGCGGGAGCGCAUGGAGCUGCUGCAGCUGGCACAGCAGAGAAUUAAGGAAUUAGAAGAAAGAAUAGAAGGUCAGAAGAGACAAAUAAAGGAGCUGGAGGAAAAGCUCCCAGAGGAGCCAGAGCCCUUUCCUCCAGCUGGACCGGGGAGCAGUGGGCGCCCGGGCGGCCGCAUGAGAUGCUGCAUCUCAUCCUCGAAGCCCCGAGAGGACCUGGCCUCUGCGGACCCCCUCCCACCCAGGAGCAGGGAGAAAGGGGGUCUUUGAGCACCUCUGACGGGGGCUGUCCACUUCAGUGAGCUGGAGUUAGGACUCGCUCUCUGACCGGGGCUCCCUGAAGAGGCCUGGACUUGGCCGCAGGCCCUGGGCACCCUCCUGGGACACAGCCCCCCGCCCCAGACCCCUGCCAGGCAGCGAGAGAGCCGCUUCUGUGCUGGAGCCCCGCACCCCUGCCUCCUUCGUUCCUUUAACAACCGAAACGUGUCUCAAAGGAAGCUUCUCAGAAACACCUUGGGCGCCUGCAAAGUGACAACGAAGCUGCCACCACGGGGAAACUGGGGUGGCUCCCGGGGCCAAGGACGGAUUCCCCGGGAGCCCCGGAGGCCUUCGCUCGCGGGUCCCGAGCGCCUGCUUGGCUGCCACGUCCUGCCGUCCUUCCUUGUUUGUGCUGCUGCGUCCCUCCUGGGAACAGAGCCCCAACUGCCACGGUGCCACCAGCCUCCCGCCCUGAGCCGCCGGAGGAGCAGGUGGGACCCACCAAAGGGAGGCCUACAGAGCAUGGAGGUGGGACGAGAGGGACAAGCAGACUGGCAAAGGACCUGACUUCGUCAGAGACGCGGGGUCCUCGGGCUGCCGGUGAGCCCAGCGUGGCCGAAGCUGCCCAGUCCAGAGCCCUGGCCUCCGCACUCAAGGGGCAGCGCCCGGCCGGGGUGACAGUGCACCGCGGUUCCGCAGGUGUGAGAAGGGGCCCGGCGCCCAGGUGGCCAGCAGAGGAGAAGCGGCGCCGCUGGAGCCGGUAUGGAGCGUGAUGUCCGGUCCCGCGGAGCGCUGGGUCCACAGCCCAGGAGAGCCUUCCGGCUUGGACACUCCCUGCCUCUCGGGUUGGAGGAGGUUCUUCUGCUGGCCUUGCACCCUUGGGGAUCUGAGGUUGCCCCCUCCGUGCUGAAUUUGCAAGGGAUGCUCGAGUCUGUGUGUGUCCACGCGUGAGUCUGUGUGCGUGUGUGCACACGCGUGUGCUCAAUCAGAAGAUGACACCCAGGAUUUAGCUCUUUCGAGGCGCUUAGAAGUUGGCCCGCUGGGUAAUGAGAUGUGCAGCCACUUGGGGACAUGACAAACCUUGUAGGAAAGGAAGGUAAAUGGCUUUGCCCGGCGGCUGAGGGACGUCCGCCUGCGGUGUCUGGCAGUGUUAGGCUCAUGCUGUAUUUGUGUCGGGAGGAAGGUUCGACUCCCGUGCAGAUGACGGCGGCGGCCGGGCCAGGCUUGAUUCCCGAGGAUGGUCAGGAGGAAGCUUAUAGGAUGGGACAGAUCCGCUUUGUCGUGGGUGCAGGUUUUCCGCUGGGCAGCCGGCCGUUCAUCAGCUCUCACCCAAGAAGGACGUCCUUUCUGUUGUCAAUAAAGCCACAGUUACUAAUUCACUUGGACAAGAUAGGGGGCCGGUUCGCCGCUCGUCCAGCUGAGUCCGAUGUCAGGGUUUGUAUCUCGAGUGCGAAAUCCUGUUUAGUCCUUCCUGCACACCUUCAUCUUGUUCUAAUGACUGCAUUCUCUUGGCACAUUUGUUAUACUCAGAACCAAAUGGCAAACGGAGGUCUUGCGUUACUAAAAGCCGCCAAGGAGCUAAACUCCUAGAUGGAAGCCUGGUGGACCGUAUGAGGCAGGCGUCCAGAAAAUACUCCUUCGCUCCGGCACGCCCUGCGGGCCUGCCUGGUCCCUGCGUGCUGCCUCGCAUCAGCAGCUAUGCAGUUGGCCGUUUCAGAUAAAAAAAAAAAAAUACGCGCGUUUGAAACCGAAAUUCACAUCCCUCAUGUUUAUUUGGGUCAUCCUGGUUUUACAUGUUGUACGUAUGUCUGCAGGCCUUCAGAUGCCCGCCCCACACACCCCAGACACGCUUCAUCACAGCUUUGUAAUUAGAAUGAGAAAGGUCGGCUCUACAGGAAAGAGAAGCAUGUGAACAUGUGCCAUGCUCAGGAAGCUGGACUUGUCUAUGUAAGAAGGAUGUGCGCAGGAAAAAGAAAAUGGGUCAAGGAAUGGCUUAAGGAAAAUGCCCCCUGUACUAGACCGCGUUUGGAACCGAGGCUUCCCCAAAGCACGCAUUUAGUUGCAAAGCCAGUUCUUCUCCUUCGAUGCUAUCGUUUUUAUUCAUGUAUCGUAGGUACCUUCUUUUCAUCCGAUUACAAAACCCAGCGUUUUAGGACUGGGCUUUUGCAAGAAAAGGGAGGGAGGAGGGGAGAAAGACAGAGAGAAGGAAAGAGCAUCUGUCACUGAUUCCUGCUGGUCCAGCGAUCAUCUGAGGAAUUCAAGUGUUUUAAAAUAACAAGUGUUUUCCAAAUCCUAGAAUGGACCUUUUAUUCAUGACCAGUGGGCUGGAUUGAAUUUCCUACAAGGAUUUGGGCUUUUUUUUUUUUUUUUUUUUUUUUUUUCCUGCUGGCUCUUCAAACAGGGGAGGCGUGUGUGUGGAAGCAUGUUCCCUAACGGAGGAGGGACCCGGAAAGGCGGACACACCGGGAUGUCUGCUGUGUAACCGAGAGACGUAUACAGCGUAACAGUUACCGCCAUCGUCACUGUGUGCACAAGAGACCCACGACAACACAACUGUUUUCAAUUGUCUAAACCACAAAUCCAUGUGAAUCGCAGCUUCCUGGCUGACAACACGCGUGCCAGGUGCGCGUGCCUCGUCUCCGUGGUCUAGGACUCUAGUUGCUGAAGGACGGUGGCUCUUCCUUCAUGUGCUCUGCCCGCGAGGAACCUGUCGCCUUCAGGACACCCCGAGUGCCUUACAGGGCGUGUGAGCACCAACGCUGGCCGUCAGGAGGGCGGGUGUGUCGGGACUGCGUUUGACACCCGUCUACACGGACCGUCACGGCGUCGCGGACCUUAAGGUGGAUUGUGUGUUUUAACACAGUCGUGGAUUUACGUUUAGGCUCAGGAAAAUCAAGCUGUAAAUAUAUGUAUCAAAUCAUAUAUUUGUUUACCGUCUAUUUUCUAAAAGCUUUAUUGUCAAUUUAUGCAAAAAUGAAUUAGGACUUGUUUUCUCAUGGCCACGUGCCAGGCCGUACCUGUGUUCCUGAAGCAACUCCUUAAUAACCACUCUUGAAACAUGCGAUGCUCCGUUCAGUGCUAAACAGUAUUCAGAGGCCCGAAAGAGGUUUGUAUUGUGAUCAACUUAAAAUUUUACACAUAUUUUUGUAUUGUGAUUCCUAUGAUACAUACCAGAGAAUUUUUUACUCCUUUGUAAAUUACAGUACCGUUUUUAAUAAAAACUUGUUUUAAAUCUUAGCAUAUCAGGGUUCUCCUCCUCACGAAAUAGUAAAGUUUGGACUCACUGGCUGU